CUAAACUCCUCUCUCUCUCUCUCUCUCUCUCUCAAAACUUAAGAAGAAAAUGGAUCCCAAUCUCUUCAGACCCUCUUGUGUCUUCUUGAACAUGUUCAUAAUCUCCAUCUUAAGCCACGUUCCCAUGUUUCUAUGUCAAGAUAAUGAGCAAUAUGCAGCUUGUGGUAACUUGUUUCAGUGCGCAAACAUUUCGAGCAUUGGUUAUCCUUUCUCCGGACAGAACCGGCCGGCGUACUGCGGCCAUCCAGGUUUCCAGCUCAAUUGCUCCGGUGACGCCCCUCUGAUCACAAUCCUGUCGGGAGAAUACCGAGUCCUUGAAAUCGAUAACGGGACACAAACUCUCAAAGUUGCUAAAGAGGUUUUGUUGAACAAUCUCUGUCCCACCAAUCCCUAUAACACCACCAUCGAUUUCGACCUUUUCAGCUAUGCUUCCAAUCUACAGAACUUGACCCUUAACUAUAGCUGCACCGGAACUCAGGCUGAACACCAGUUUGAUUGCACUGGAAACGACGGUACCACCACUGUCAACUAUUUCAGCAUAGCAGAUACAUACUUGAGCGUGGGGACAUGCGAUGACAGCGUCUUUGUUCCUAUUAGUCAAACCUCGGCUCAGGUUUUAGAGAGUCCAAAGGCUUCAGUGAAUGAUCUAAGAGCAGCAAUUAGGGGUGGUUUUCAGUUGGAGUGGUCAGCAAAAGAUUUGUCUUGUGAGCAAUGCAUCCAAUCGGGUGGGCGAUGCGGGACCAACCGUGACGAGAUCAAACACGACGAAACCAACCACAAUGGGACCAAUCGCGACAAGACCAAACGUGGCAAGACCAAUCGCGACAAGACCAAACGUGGCAAGACCAAUCGCGACGGGACCAACUGUGACCAAAACGCGGCAGUUAAAUACUAUGAGGAUAACUCUCCUAGGAUCAAUCGCGACGGCACCAACCGGGAUGGGACCAAUCGCGACGGCACCAACCGUGAUGGGACCAAUCACGACGGCACCAACCGCAAGGGGACCAAUCGUGAUGGGACCAAUCGCGACGGCACCAACCACAAGGGGAUCAAUCGUGAUAGGACCAACCGCGAUGGGACCGAUUGCGACAAGACCAACCAAGACACGGUUAAGUACUAA